CUGCAAGAAGACCCCCUUCCCCUAGUGCUAGACGUGGUGGAGAGCGGGAACGCGAGAGGGAACGGGAUAGAGAUGAUAGACGAGGUGGAAGAGAUGAUAAUAGGUAUGACAAGAACAGAAGUAGACGAAGGGGUAGAUAAGCAUAAGCAGGUUUGAAUUCACAUGUAGUAUUGUGUCGUUUGCGUGUAAGUAUUCCCAGCACCAGAACAAGUAGGGCCACGCUUCUAUGUCUUAUAUCGUCUUGUUCAUGAUACUUUUUUUUACCUUUCAUCUCCUGUCACUGCCUGUGCGUCCAAACAGAUGAAACAGACGCAUUUACAUGAAAAAAUCAAUCCCCAGCAUACGUUUGUCCAUGGCGAUAUUGUCCUCGCUGCCACCAAUAGAUUCUAAAGAAUCUAAAUCUGCAGGUGAAUGAGUUUCUUGACAUCAAAACAUAACCCUGGACUACGUCAAACACUAAAACACUUACUGAUUCAGGUUGGUUUACCCCGAAGCAUAUAUUUAUCUUUAUGUAAGUAAGUAUUCCAUUCCCGCGCUCAAUUACAUCAAGAAGCUGCUUGUGUUGCCAACACUCUUUCUUGUUGCCAACACUUUUUUUUGCUGUUUCUUAACCUUCGACAUAAUAUUUCAUUGGUGUGCUACCCACGCACCUCCCAGACCCCAGUGAUCAACAAAUUUGGAAGCGACGUUUGAUUGUUGACGACGGAGAAAAAGCCGUCGCACAUGGCUAGCAUCGUGUCAAUAGUAAUAUCGAUAAAGAUCCUCAUGGGCCUGGUAAGGUGCUAGAGGCCGAAUGGAUCUAGAAGAACGACAAGUGGAAAGUUCUCGGACCGUGUCUCGUUCCUCAAAGACCAGGUCAUUUCCGUUCACAUGAUGUUGUUGAGUUGAGUUCAUUUGUUGAGUUCAAGGAGAAGGGAGAGCGAUACUUCUGACGAUUUCUUCAGUUGGCACCUUGAAAAGUCCGUUGUACUGGACACAAAUAAAAA